AUAUCAAUUAAUUAUAAUAUAUUAUCUUUAUAAAUAUUUAUAUCUGUGCAUGAUCACGGGAGAAUCACCUUGUAUAUAUAUACAUUAGAUGGAGCAAAGAAUAUAUUCUCUUUAGCCAUAAAUAAUUGAUGGGGCAAGGACUAUUUGUAUUUGAAGCCUAAGAUGAUUAUAAAUUGUAAACAAGCUCGACAUCGUUUCAUAACACAAGAAACAAACUUUCUAAAAAAUGGGAGAUUUCUUUCAAUCAAGAGAAUGGAUGUAUAAAAGAUUAAAACGUUCUGAUCAUAGUUUGUGCGAGAAAUUUAUUGAGGGUGUAAACACUUUUAUUUCUUUUGCUUGUAAUCAAGCAUUUUUUCUUGAGUGUGGGAAGUUGUUUUGUCCUUGUAAAAAAUGCAAGAAUCAAAAAUAUCGCGAUGUUGAUACAGUGACGAAACAUCUUAUGUUGAAAGGAUUUACAGAAAAUUAUUACUUGUGGACGCAUCACGGAGAAAAUUGGCAAUACAAUGAUGGUGAAGCAUCAGGAAGUCAUCAUGUGAUGGAGCAUGAACCAUGGGGUGAUUAUUCUAACAAUGUUCCAAUGGAGGAUCAGUACCAUGAUUCCAAUACAGAUUUUAAUAUGUUACCCGGUGAUGCUAGUUUUCCAGAAAACGUCCAAGAGCCAGCUUACGAAAAAAAACAUGAUGCUGUUUUUCAAGCGUUAGAAGCGGCAAAUCAACCUUUAUACGAGGGGUGUACUGAUGGAAUUUCUCAACUGUAUUUGGCCUCAAAAGUGAUGAAUUGGAAAACCAAUUUUAAUCUUUCAGAGGAAUGUCUGGAUGAAAUUACUGAAACCUUUAAAGCUGUUCUUCCGUCGCCUAAUAUUGCGCCUAAAUCGUACUACGAGACAAAGAAGUUAACGCGGUCUCUAGGGUUGCCAUGUCAUAAGAUUGAUGUGUGCGAGGAUAAUUGUAUGCUAUUUUGGAAAGGGGAAGAUAGUAAGUUACUACAUUGUCGCUUUUGUAAAAAAGACCGUUAUGAACCAAAUGUCGGCCGAUCAGGGAAGAAAAUACCAAAGCAAAGGAUGUUUUAUCUGCCUAUUACGGAUCGGUUGAAGCGAUUGUACCAAUCAGAAACGACAGCUUCACAAAUGAGGUGGCAUGCUGAACAUGUGUCCCCCGAAGGACAAAUGCAUCAUCCCUCAGAUGGAAGAGCAUGGAAGCAUUUUAAAGAGGUAUAUCCUAAUUUUGCUUCUGAGAGUCGCAAUGUUUAUCUGGGUUUAUCAACCGAUGGAUUUAAUCCAAUUGGUAUGAAUGGACAAUCAUAUUCUGUAUGGCCCGUCAUCGUGACACCAUACAAUUUACCCCCCGGAGUGUGCAUGAAAAGGGAAUAUUUCUUCCUCUCUAUAUUAGUGCCAGGGCCAAAGCAUCCAAAGAAAAGCUUGGAUAUAUAUCUGCAACCGUUGAUUGAAGAAUUACAAAAUUUAUGGAGUGAAGGGGUGGAGGCUUACGAUGUCUCACGAAAAGAAAAAUUCACGAUGCGAGCGGCCUUGAUGUGGACAAUUAACGAUUUUCCAGCAUACGGGAUGUUAUCUGGAUGGAUGACCCAUGGAAGGUUGGCUUGUCCGUAUUGUAUGGAUGAGACCAAGUCGUUUUGGUUACCAAACGGUAAAAAACACAGUUGGUUUGAUUGUCAUAGAAAGUUUUUGCCUGAAGGACAUCCUUAUAGGCGGAAUGUUAAAGAUUUCUUAAAAGGUAAAACUGUCCAUGAUGAUCCUCCACCAUGGUUAAACGGAGAGGAAAUAUUACAUGAAAGAAUAAAUAAUAUACGUGGACUGCGUAAAACAGUUGAUUGUGGAGGCAAAGGACAUGACAAUCCUACUCGAUCUAUUGAAGGGUAUGGUGUUGAUCAUAAUUGGGUGAAGAAGAGUAUCUUUUGGGAGUUACCUUAUUGGGAGAACCUACUUCUUCGACACAAUCUUGAUUUUAUGCAUAUAGAAAAAAAUUUCUUUGAUAAUCUGGUUAACACAGUGCUAAAUGUACCUGGGAAGACAAAGGAUAGCAUAAACUCAAGGAUGGAUCUCCCUUUGUUUUGCAGAAGACCCGAGUUAGAGAUUUCCCAAGAUGGAAGAGUGCCUAUUCCAAUCUUUAGACUGUCGAAGGAAGGCAAAGAAAAAUUUCUAACAUGGUUGAAGACCGAUAUUAAAUUUCCAGAUGGGUAUGUUUCGAAAUUUUCACAUUGUGUUAAUUUGAACAGUGGAAAGAUAUCAGGAUUAAAAAGCCAUGACUGUCAUGUCAUCAUGCAACGACUUCUCCCAAUUGCAUUUGCGGAACUUCUUCCAAAACCUGUUCAUACGGCAAUUUCAGAUAUCGCACUCUUCUUUCGAGAUAUAUCUGCCAAAAUCUUGAAGAUUGAAGAUGUUGCUAGACUGAAAGAAAAUAUUGCAAUUAUGCUUCGCAAUCUUGAAAAAAUAUUUCCACCGACAUUCUUUGAUGUGAUGGAACAUCUACCUGUCCAUCUCCCAGAUGAAGCUUUACUAGGUGGUCCGGUCCAAUAUAGGUGGAUGUAUCCGUUUGAACGAUACAUGUAUCAUCUGAAAAAAAAGGUUAAAAACAAAGCCAGGAUCGGAGGAUCAAUAGUGGCUCAGUGUGUGAAUGAAGAAAUUUCUUACGUGACAAAUAAUUAUAUUGCACCUUCAACAGUUCAAGUCCCUGAAAAAGAUGUCAACGAAAUCAGAUUCACUUACAAAUAUCUUGAUGUUCCAAUAAUGUUCCAGCAAGAAGGAAGAAUCAGUGGAAAAUCAAGUAGUGCAUGGUUAAAUGAUGAAGAUUAUAAUAUUCUUCAGACAUUUUUAUUGCUUAACUGUGAAGUAUUUGAACCAUAUGAGAGGAUGUUUGAAGAUUAUAUGAUGGAUAACCACCCAAACAUAACUUCUAACGAUAUGACAAGAGCAAAAGAUGAAAAAUUUGCAAUGUGGUGUAAAGAUUACAUUAACAAUGCUAGCAAAUCAUUUGAAUUUCCAUUGUGGAUGUUGGAAUUUGUACAAGGUCCAAAGCACCAAAUCAAGUCAUGGCCUAUGUAUUAUUCGAGAGGAUAUCAUUACCACACACAAAGCCAUGGACAAAAUAAAAAGACAAUGAAUUUUGGUGUUUGUGUUCCUGGAACUACUGAGACCGAGUAUUUUGGACUUAUCGAAGAAAUAUUCAUGAUAGAGUAUCACGGUGCCGUUGGGUUAAAAGCCAUGAUUUUUAAAUGUCAUUGGUUCAACAUCGAUCAAGGAAUACGAAGACAUCCAUCUGGCAUUGUUGAUGUUUGCCCACAAAUGCAUUAUGACAAGUACGAUCCUUUUAUAUUACCAGAACAAUGUGAUCAAGUAUGUUAUGUUCCUUAUCCUCGUCUACGAUCAAGAAGAGAAGAAUGGUGGACAACAAUAAAAGUUAUGCCGAGAGGAUUUUUUGAAACUAAAGAAGUUUCUCAAAAUGCAAUACAAAACAAUAUUGUUGAUCAUGUGAUACCAUCCACUAAUAUUGUGCGAGUCGAAGCACAUGCAGUCCAAGAUGAUUCAAAUUACGAACCGAUGCCAAUGAUUAAUCCAGAAGAUGAAUAUUUAUCUGAAAAUGAUUUUAUCGAUCAGUAUGACGAAUAUUCUGAUUCAGAUUCGCAUUCGGACUAAUAAUAUUGUAUGAAUAAAUGGUUAAAAAAAUAAUGUAUGUGUUAUAAAACAAAUAAGAAGAUAAAUAAUAAUUUGUAAUGUAUUUAAUAUUGUAUGAAUAAAUGGUUAAGAAAAUAAUGUAUGUGUUCUAAAACAAAUAAAAAAACAAAUAAUAAUUUGUCAUGUAUUUAACUUAAUUCCUUUGUUUUAAUAUUGUUUUUAAUUUAUUUUUGAAUGCUAAACUUUAUCAAAAUUCCUAUUUAAUUAUUAAUAGUAUUAUUGUAAAAUACUAACCACAAAAUUCUUAAGUGGCGGGAGUAAUUUCCCGGGUAUAUAACUCCCGUAGAAACAAAUAGCGACAAGUAGAUUGGUAACAAUCUAAAAAUUAGAAAGUAAUCACGAAAUUUUUCACUUCCCGGGUUGUUUUCCCGGCUAAACCAAUAUCAGCCACUUGAUUUAUUAAUUGAAAAAAAGGAAGCUAAUCUACUUGUUUGCUCCGCCUACAAAUAUUACGUAUCUAUCUUGUCCUCUUCUCACAGUCAAUCUCUAUC